AUGGAGGAACGUAUCUCUGUCCUUACGGUACCACCCGCGGGGAAGGGGAGCGCCCGUCCGGUACCACCCGGCGGGAAGGGGAGCGCCCUUCUGGUACCACCCGGGGGGAAGGGGAGCGCCCGUGCGGUGCCACCCGCGGGGAAGGGGAGCGCCCUUCCGGUGCCACCCGCGGGGAAGGGGAGCGCACUUCUGGCACCACCCGCGGGGAAGGGGAGCGCCCCUCCUGUGCUACCCGGGGGGAAGAAGAACGACUCAACACCUUUGUCGUGCUCUUCCCGCGAGGGCUCGUUUGGGAGGGCUCCACGUGGUUUGAGUCGACUCAGAAGGCACCGGCAAGCCCGCCGUCAGGGAGAACGUGGGCUCCCGCUCUCCGUCCCGCUCAUCUUUCUCGUCGCGUCAGGCCUUCUUCCACGUGGGCCCUCCCCUGCUGCUGCUGCUGCUGCUGCUGCUGCUGCUGCUGCUGCUCAGCCGAUUUCUGCUUCCCAAGGUGGGGUGGUGUGGGUUGAGGUGGGAAGGGGUGGGGUGGAAUGGGAUGGGGUGGAAUGGGAUGGGGUGGAGUGGGAUGGGGUGGGAUGCGUGGAGUGGGAUGAAGUGGAUGCGUCUCUGGGCUUGCGGGCUCCAUUCCAUUCCAAACGCCAUCUUCACUCUCAUCACCCUCAAGUCCUUGCCUCCCUCACCCCCUCACUCCCUCCUCGCUCCCUUCCUCCCUCCCCUCCCUGCCAUCCUGCCCAUAGCACUUUGAACAGCUCCGGGCUGGGCUCCAUUCCAAACGCCAUCUUCACUCUCACCAACCCCAAGUCCCUGCCUUCCUCCCUCCCUUCCGUCCCUCCCUUCUUCCCUCCCUCCCUCACUCCCUCCUCCCUCCUCCCUUCUUCCCUCACUCCCUCACUCCCUCCUCCCUCCUCCCUCCCUGCCGUCCCUCUCACUGCACCUUGA